CACCAACAGAGAGCAGCGUGAGAGGUCUGAAGGAUAGAAGGUGCACUCAACCCCAUUCAUCCCCCCUUUCCUGUGAGGCGGAAAAGAGAGAGAGAGAGAGAGAGGAAGCAAGCAAUCCAAAAUGAAAGUUUACGCAGGACUCCGGAAGCUGAUGGCCUUGGUGCUACUGGUGCUACUGGUGGUGCUGGUGUGCUGCGGCAAAGAAGGUGAGGCCCAUCCGGGCAAGAACGCCCAAUCGCUGUCGUCGGCCAAGAAGGCGUCGUCGGCGGCGAAGAAGGCGAACGCACCGCACCACUCGCUGGGUGGGGGCGCAAGGACGGCGCUCGGGGCCGGCGGUGUCGCCGGCGGUAUCGCGUCCUCCCUCUUCUAGACACCACACCACACCCCCCCCCCCCCCCCCUGCUCUAGCUCCUGUAUCCAGCAAAUACAUCCAGCCAUCCCGAGCAGC